AUGGCAUCCACAACUGCCGUCAACGCCGCCCGAUUUUUGGCAGAUCGGAACCCGCCGCUAUGUUCUCUCUCUGUCAAAGACUCGUUCGCUCAGUUGACUGAGAACGAGAAGCUGUAUGCUCACUGGGUCGGUACCGCGGCAUGGGCUGGUGCUCGUAUCGUUCAGGAGCAGUGGACACCAGAGGCGCAAUCACUAUACGACUUUUUGAUUUCCAUCUUCUCUACCAGUGAUGGUCAUAAAAUCACCGAUCUGGUCGAUUUAAAGAGCAAAUCGGGGCUAGAUGAGGAAGAAUGGACCCUGUUACUCGAAUAUGUUGCCCAGGUAUUCUCGAACUUGGUUAAUUACAAGUCUUUUGGGUUUACCAAGUUUGUUCCGCGGUUACCUGAAGAUAAGUUUGCUAAGGUUGUGGAGGCCUCGCCUUCUUCCUCGAAGGCUCUGCCACAAUGGGAGAAGCUCAAGGGUCAUAUUUAUGGUGUAGAGCCGGAAGCUAGUCUUCUCAUUGGCAAGAGAUGCGAUGGACACGUCUCCAACUAUUAUCCCGGUACGAAGGUAAUCAGCAAUGAAGAAGCUGAAAAGAUUCAAAAGUUUGCGGAGAAGAUUAGCCUCGAUAUCGAGAAUACUCGCGUCCUGAAGGAGUCUGACACAUCUUUUGCUAUUCUUAUUGCAUCUGCAGACGAAAGGCCGGAUGAGAAGCACCCAAAGGCAUUCGAUAAUGUUGAUAUUGCUAUUAGAUAUGGCGACUACAGCUCUGCCCUCAAGAAAGUGGUCGAUGCAUUGACAGAGGCCAAGAAAUACGCAGCAAACGAACAUCAGGUUAAAAUGAUUGAAGGGUAUAUUGAAAGCUUCAAAUCUGGCUCGGUCAAAAAACACAAAGAGGCAAGCACGCAUUGGGUCAAAGAUGUUGGACCAGUGGUCGAAUCCUACAUCGGCUUCAUCGAAACAUACGUCGACCCGUACGGCGGCCGGGCGGAAUGGGAAGGAUUUACCGCGAUCGUGAAUAAGGCGCUGACUGCCAAAUUCGAAACCAUGGUUGAUGUGUUCCGCAAACCUGACUUUACUGCCCUGGAAGUGGUAUCUUUUGCGACCGGGGGAAUUCCCGCUGGUAUCAACAUCCCAACCCUAGCUCUUCUUAGUUACUACGAAGUUCGGGAGCAAGUUGGUUUUAAGAAUGUAUCCCUUGCGAAUAUUCUUGCUGCCAAGGCGGCAAACGAGAUCAUCACGUUCUUGUCUCCUGAGGAUGUCCAAUUUUAUAAAAAAUGGGACACCAAGGCGUUUGACGUGCAGGUGGCCAAUCAUGAACUUCUUGGCCAUGGAUCAGGAAAGCUAUUUACCGAAGAUAAAGAUGGAAAAUUAAACUUUGACCCCGAGAAAACUAUCAGCCCACUUACCGGAAAACCGGUUACUACCUGGUACAAACCUGGACAGACUGCUGGUUCGGUUCUGGGAGUGUGCAGCUCUUCUUUUGAGGAGUGCAGAGCUGAAUGUGUUGGAUUGUAUCUCACGGGUAAUCGCGAAAUUCUGGAGAUCUUUGGCUACACCGAAGAGAAGGAUUGCCAAGACAUUGAGUAUGCCCAAUAUCUACUCAUGGCCCGUGCCGGCGUCCGUGCUCUGGAGCUUUAUGAUCCAAAGGCGGGAAAACAUUUGCAGGCACAUAUGCAAGCUCGACUUGGCAUCACCAACUACUUUAUCCAAGAGGGUUUAGCCGAACUCGUCGAGUUCCGCGAUGCGGAAGGUAAACUGGAAGACCUCGAUCGGGAUAAAGUAUUGAAAGAUGGCCACGCAGCCAUGGGGCGUCUUUUGGUAGAGUUACAAGUACGGAAAAGCAUAGCUGAUGGCGAGGGUGCACGCGAGUUCUAUGAGAAGCUUACCACUCCUCGACCAGGGUGGGCUGGGGAAAUUCGAGAUCUUGUGCUGGCAAAGAAGCAGCCUCGCAAGGUAUUCGUACAGCCCAACACGUUUGUGGUUGAUGGUAAAGUAGAGCUGAAAGAAUACCCUCUUACGAACGAGGGCGUUUUACAGAGCUUCAUCGAGAGGCGACUGUAA